UUGCAUAAAUUAAUAUUAUAAUUAUUUGUACAGACAUUAUUCAGCUUCUUAACAGCAAAUAUUUCCUAAAGUUUUGUUAAGAGAUUCUGUCUUAAGUUACCAGUAUAUAUAUAUAUAUAGACAGAUAGAUAGAUAGAUAGAUAGAUAGAUAGAUAGAUAGAUAGAUAUUUAAGGAUUUAUAAAAUUUCCAUUCUUUCCAACGACGUCACUACUUAACCCCGCCCCUCUCCAACACAACAAAACCAAAAUGGCGUCGUGCCCUAACAGUGCUCCGUUGUUGUUGUUGUGCUGAAGUGUUUGUUGUGUCUUUUAGUCUCUCUCAGUCCGGACUCACGGAGACCUUCACCCCCUGUGAGUUUCUCGGACCCUGAAGUCCACAGAACCCGCAUCUUUCUGAGGCUGCACGAAUCUUUAGUUUCUCCACAAGAAUUCUCAUCGACCAAUCACAGAGCACGCUGUUUGAUAAAGCGAAUGACGUAACUCGUUAUUGGCCAAACAGAGCCUGUGAAGGAGCGGAAGUCACGCCUUCGUCUCUCGAGCUCCGAACUGAACUGAAGCGCGGCGUGAGAAAAACCAAGUGAACCCGUCCGGACCGCGCUGCCUCCAGCCCCAGCAGGUAAGACCGAACCUGGUCCGGUUCGACCUUUUGGAUUCUUAGACUGGUUCUGCUGGAGCAGCAGGGUAACCGUAGAGGCGUUUGUUUUGUGUGAGAGCUCGCUGCUGCUGGAGGGGCGGUGCUGAGUCCAAACACCGCGGCAAAACCGGGUCUGCUGUCCGGUUCUGGUGACGCUGAGACCCGGGACAUGUUUGAACCGGUCUAACUGGACUUCUUGACGGUCCUCAGUUCAGACCGGGUGAUAUUUUACCUCCUGACGGGACAGGAACGCCGAACCGGGGGGAAAACAAACACAAAGCCUGGAGAGGAGCGCCCCCUGCGGCCACGGCGGGUCAGUUCACCCACGGUGACCCCGCGCUGCUGCGCGUUUAACAACUUUAUUUAAAAUGUCAACACGGACAGAAACACUAUUAUUAUUAUUAUUAUUAUUAUUAUUAUUAUUAUUGUUAAUAUUUUUUAUCAUUUAUUUAUUAUUUCUGUUUUCAAUAUGACUUUUACUAUCAUUAUUGCUAUUAAUACUACUACUAUUAUUAUUAUUUGUAUUAUCAUUAUAAUUAUAGGUGUUUUCAAUGUGACUAUUAUUACUACUAUUAUUAUUGCCUUCAAUAUGAAAAAUAAGUGUUAAUGUUAUGACUGUAGGAUGUUUGCAUUCUUAGCUUCAUCCUCUGUCAGACUUUAUUCAUAAUUUUUAUGUCUGAUUUAAGAUUGUCAGCAUAAAAACCUAAUUUUUUUCACACUCACACUGAGUUUACCCCAAACUAAUUUUAUUAUUAUUACUUUUAUUAUUGUUGUUGUUUUUAUUAUUAUUAUUAAUAUUGUUGUUGGCGUUAUUUUCAAUAUUAAUAUCACUAUGACAAUUGUUAUUUUUAUUGUUAGGACAGUUAUUAUUAUUUUUCAUAUUGUUGUUAUGACAAUUAUUAUUACUAUUAUCAUUAUUUUUAUUAUUUAUUAUUAUUAUUUUUAUUAUUACCUUCAUAAUAAUGAAAAAUAAGUGUUGAUGGUAUGAAUGAAGGAUGUUUGCAGUCUUGGCUUCCUCGUCUUAGUCAGAAUUCAUCAUUUUUAUGUAUGAUUUUAGAUUGUUACCAUAAAAGAAUGUUUAUCCACACUGGCACUGAGUUAACCCCAAUCUAAUUUUAUAUUAUAUAUAUACUGUUUUAUAUAUAUUCUUUGUUCAUGCAAAACACAAAAAGCAAGCUGCCGUAGAACUGACUGAUGCUAUGACCAAAGUGUAUCACUGGCUUGAGAGUUCACAUCUACACCUGAAUAUUUCUAAAACUGUCUGUAUGUACUUCUUAAAAACAGUAAGUAUCUACAAUCCUGAUGUAUUUGUAGAAGGUCGAAAAAUCAAGGUAGUUCAAGAAUUUGAAUAUCUGGGAAUCAUUCUGGAUGAACAACUUAGCUUUAAGCAGCAGAUAAAAAGGAUCGUGCACAGAAUGAGAUUUAACUUAUCGAACAUCAGAUUUAUUACAAAUAACUUGACUCCAGAAUGAUUAUGCCACACAUGCUUUAUUGCAUAACUAGCUGGGCAACAGCUUGUAAGAAAGCUCUGAAGCCAAUUGAAACGGUCUAUAAACAGGCCCUAACGGUACUUGAUAGAAAACCUUAUAUGUGCCAUCACUGUCUGAUACUGAAAAAACUUGAGCGACUAAAUUUUGACAACAUAGUAAAAUACAUGGACUCUGUAUUGAAAUUAUUUAUAGUCAGGCUCCACCUCCACUUCAUAAGUUUAUAAAAAAAAUCUAACCAGAGCAAGCUCUAGAGGUGACUGUGUUGUGCUGCUCAGGAAAAGUGUCUUUGGUCAAGCUGUAUUCUCCUUUCGUGCAUCGCAAUCCUGGAACCAAAUACCUAGCACCAUACGUGAACUCCCAACCCUUACUUCUUUUACUUAACAUCUCAAGUCAUGGCUGUUGGAAAACCAGACCUGCCAUCAAAAUCAAGUCUAAAAUUGUUUGUCAUGUGUAAUUGGCUAAUUGCUUUGGGGUACCACUCUUAAUUUGUUCACUGCACUGUACUGCACAUCAUGCAAUUCAAUGUAAUUUGGCGCUUAUGCACUUGUCGCUGUACUGUAGCAAAUGGCACUUUAAACAUCUUUAUCACAUGACACUCUAAUUAGCACUUCACGAUUCUCUUUUAAUCUUUUUGGUCCCCUUACUAUUGGUCACUUAGUUUUUAGUCUGUGUACGUUGUUUAUGUAUAUUAUGUGUAUGUUGUCAGUGUUUUACCAUCUUAGUCAUGUUGUUUGUACUUUUAACAUUAUUGCUUUUAUGUUUAACAUCAACCUGCCUUUGGGACUGGGGAUGGAAAUUAGCCAUUUGACUAUAAUCCCACAUAUUUACAUGUCAAUGUUCAUCAAUAUGUACUGAUCCCAUUUUUAGAAUUAAAUAAAUAGAAUUAUUGUUAUUAUUAGUUAUUUAAAUUUAAAAAAUACUAGUUACAGCCAACUGUGUGAUGAGGAUUUUGUCUCUGUUUUUCUCUGUACAGUCAAGUUUUCAAGAGUGUUUUAAGGUUUUAUUUGGUCACUGUGUGGUUACUGAGCUGAACUCAGAGUCCGUGUUUAAUUCAGAUAUACACUUAUUAACUUUAAUUAAUCUCAGCCAAUCACAGUGCAGAAGGACAGGAGCAAACACAACUCCAAUAGAUGAUGAUGAUGAUGAUGAUGAUGAUGAUGGGAGGUAGUGGUUGUAGGUGGAAUAAGAGUGAUGCUGACAGCUUCUCUUGGUUUCCAUAGCAACAUGGAUACAGAGUUGUUCAUGGAGUGUGAGGAGGAGGAGCUGGAGCCAUGGCAACAGGUGGACGACAGCGUGGAGGAAGACGAAAUGGACUUCAUGGAGAGCUACUGUGAGCCAGGUGAGACACACACACACACACACAUACACACACUCACAUUUACCUUCAAACUGAUGGGUCAUUUAGACCUCCCAGAUCAACCUCAGCCUUACCUGUGUUCUUUGUGUUUCUGUAGUGGAGGACUCUCUCUCUCCUCUGCCAGCCUCUGAGACUCCGCCUCCCAGCGCCCCCCCCCCAGCCUCACCUGCUCCCACGGGUAUGAAACACAUCGGUCUGAUUUUAGACGUCCUCUUCGAACAACCACUUCUAAUCUCUCUGUUUUUGUAUCUUCAGCUCCUCCCGCUCCUCAGAUCAUCUCCUCCUGUGUGAUCUCCACCCCCUCCUCCUCAGUCGCUCCUCUCCCCUCACCCUCGGCCCCAGCCCCGCCCCUGAUGGCGCAGGCUCCACCCCUCAUCCUGACGCAGACAGCUGGGGGAACCUUUCUCCUCCCAGCAGCCCCUGGGACAGGAAACACCCAGCCCAUCCUGCUCACUACACAGGUACGAAAUCAAACGCACCCUCUGUCUGUUUGUUUGUAUGGUUGCAUCUGAAUGGUCGGUGACUGUGCCGCUGACGUAUAUGAUGUCAUUCGAGUUCACACACUUGUAACCACGAGCUAUGAUGUCAUCUGUUUGUGACUCGACAGGGUUUCCCAAUGGUCAAUCACGGAGCUCCUCUGGUCUUGAACCUGCAGAACCUCCAGAACCUGCAGCCGGGUCAGACGGUUCAGCCGCUCACUCUGAUCCAGUGUACGACGCCGAGCAACCCCCCCCCCCCCCUCACACGAACCCGUUCGGACCUGAUCUGAUCAUUGAGCUCUGAUUUAACGUGUUACUGAUCAGAAAUCUUCCUGUCCCCACAGCACCCUCUCUGGGUCAGCUGGUAAGACCAAGUGUGGCCGUGUCUCCUGUCCUCCCACAGGGCCAGAACAGAACAGGCCCCGCCCCCUCAAGAGGCCAGCCUGGCUCCGCCUACACCACUGUGCAGCUGCCAACCACGCUGACCAUCCGCACAAGCACGCCGGGAUCCGGUCAGUCACCUGAAAUUUGGGAACAUCUGAUUGGCUGAUUAUUUUCAUGACCAACUGGCUGAUUGGUCGAUCAUUUUUUUUAACAGUUAAACUUCAGAUGACUCAAGUGGGCGGAGCUAACUCUGUGAAGCUGGCAGGUUCUCCCGCUCUCCCUUCAGGCUCAGCCAACGGAGUCUCCAGAUUCACCUCACUGAGUGCCGGUAUGACUUGAGGCUCUCCUCACACGAGGACGGCCCUGUAUUGUCUUGGCGUCGGCACCAAAACAUGUAUCGCUGUUUACACAUCGUAUUGUACAUAGGCUUAGUGCAUUUACAUGACAACGCAAAAUCCACGCAAAAUCCUUUAGUACAUACGCCCGGCCUAAAGGUGACACUGUGAAAUUGCCACAAAGCACAAAAAACAGAGAAUGCGCAUACAUACAGUACAGGCCAAAAGUUUGGACACACCUUCUCAUUCAAUGCAUUUUCUUUGUUUUCAUUACUAUUUAAAUUGUAGAUUCUUGUAGCGAUUUGUAAUGAGCCUCACAAGGCCGCACCAAAAUAAUACUGUAGCGAUUGGAAUUUAUAAUAAAUGUCUGAAGAUUAAUAAUCUCAAAUUAUGACAUUUAUGCACUCAUUGAAAGGGGCACCACCCACCCUUAAUGGUGGGAAAAUAAAGAAAACAAAAGUUUAAUUCAGAAAUCAAACAUCAAGUCAGUUUUAAUUAAUCAGUCUCAUAUCUUAAGUCGAAAUUCUAAUUUCAGGGACUCCACUUCUGGAAGAACACUAACAGACCAGAACUUAAAAAAAUAAUUAUCUGUUUAUUACAGGAUAAAUGAGGGUACAACAUACAUGCAAUAAAUGAUGAUAAGGUAAUGAAGAUAAAUAAUAAUAGGGAAAGACCUGAAGCAUCUACCGAAGAAGAAACGGAUCGAAUCAUGUUUUUUCAAGUGUUUUUCCCGCUAGUUGGUGCUGUCGGCGUCCUGAUUUUCCCUGGCGGAUGGUACAAACAGGUAAAUACUGCUUCUCUUUUUUGCAUCCAAGCAUGUCGUGUUUAUUUAAAAAAAAAAAGUUUACUCCGUUUUUUAGCGUUGCAGUUAUGACAGGCAAAAUCAGCCAGUACUUUAAAAAGCGACCUCGCGAGGAGGAAAGUCAAGAGUCCAGGUGAAACACAGCAGAGAAAAAACGUAACAGGCAGUUAAAAUGCUAUAAUUCAUGUUGGUGACAACGUGGAAAUUUGUGUCAGGUCUGAAAGUACUUCACAAGGGACUGGUGAUCGCGAGGGUCAGAAUGCAGGACAGGACGAGUCGGCGAGGCAAGGGUAAUUAAUUAAUUAGUUUCCAAUUAGGAGCAUAACAACGCAAAGCCGACUUGUACGUGGUUUUUAUUCCUCUUUCCAGAUCUUCUCAAAAACACAGAGCCAGUGGCUUUGACAAGCAGUGGCUCAAUCAAUUUACCUGGCUCAGGCAUACUGAAGAAGGCAUGCACUGCUAUUUAUGCCAAAAGCACUGUGCCCCAACACAGCAGGCUCCUUAGUGAGACAGCCAUCAACCAACUACAGGCUGGACACAUUAAAAAGACAUGAGGUGACAGCCAUUCACAAAGCAGCAGAAGAGAAGGAGAAAUAUAUUAAAGAUGGUAGUACCUAAAAAAACUAAUAAAGUUACAAAAAAUAAAUAACGUAGUUUAGAUAGUUUAAGAAAUAAUUGGUUGUCGUUUUGUUCUUUAGGGAGGACACUGCAGCUUAUACAUAUAUAUGAUUGAAAACACUAUCACUCUUCAUGUCUGUAUCAGAAUAAAAACAAAAAUACUUAAUGCAUGAUGAAUUGUUUUGUUUAAGGUGAAGACACCUCUGUGGAACAGACUGAAGGAGAGGCACUUGGAUGUCUGUUGUAAGGUGGCCGUUGAUGGACCAGACCAGGAGGCCUUGGACUACAAGGAGUGCAUGAGAAGGUUCUACAGAAUGAAAAAGAGGAGGCUGAAAUGUUCUGUCUGGUUGCGAGAUGUGUGGAUUAAGUGUACUUUCAAUUUAAAGUUGCCAGCUGAUUUGUGUUUAUAGUUUUAAUAAAUGAAUGCUUUAACGUAAUAAUGGUCACACUCUUUUUUGAACCCUUAACUUAAAGUAUGUUACCUGUAAAAGAAAGUGAAUCGGUUGAAUUAACAAAUACAUGCACGUCGUGGCGCAUGGUCAGGAUGGUGCCACCUCUGCCUCAAUUUUAGCCAGGAAAAACCCUGAUCAGUCUCAUAUCUUAAGUCGAAAUUCUAAUUUCAGGGACUCCACUUCUGGAAGAACACUAACAGACCAGAACUUAAAAAAAUAAUUAUCUGUUUAUUACAGGAUAAAUGAUGGUACAACAUACAUGCAAUAAAUGAUGAUAAGGUAAUGAAGAUAAAUAAUAAUAGGUGAAUAAAUAAAGAUUCUGAGUCAGGCUAGGAGCACUAAAGUUAAUGAUAGUGAGUGAAUAUGCGCUAACAUAUUAACCUACACUAACUUUGGUGUCGAGAUAAACUCGGAUGUGGAUUUGGAGGAAUCUAAGAUUACUAGAAUAAGUGGAUAUCUGAGUUAUGAACGCAUGAGACAGCACCAGCCCUCUUUGGAGCUCUGGAGGUUUGCAUACUUAAGUGAGACUGGUCCUUGGAGAAGAUGGAGCAGGUUCCGAAGGUCCGGGCUACCAGCGGGUUCGAGCGGUUCAGCUCAGAAGACGACUGAGGUCAGCCGAAGGAUGGGCCAGGAGUUGUAGCACUCGGGCCUAGAGUAAAGCUGGCGCCUGUGGAUGCUUGUUUGGGUACUUCUUUGGUCUCACUCAAAAACUCUGGCACAGAGGAUGACCUGGGCCUGCUGGGUUGCGUUCAGAGGUGACUUUCAUCAUGCAGAUAACUCAGAAAACGAGACUCAAGCAGAGAAAACUUUCAAAAAUGGCUUCGCGAAAUUAAAGAAAAAUCAAUCAAAGGCUUAAUCUUGAAUUGCUAUGCGCACAAAAAGUUGAAGUUUCAAAACUUGAACUAAGACGAUGUUAAAGAAAAUCAAUGUGAAGCAACACGUGGCGUAAAACUUAGAAGACUAAGAAAAAGUUCUAAGAGAAAACAAAGAAACGCACCACAGAAGGGUGUGGGCAGAAGAGAAAAAGAGGAGAAGAGUCAGCACACAAGAGAGUCAGCAGAAGAAGAGUGAGCAACCCCACUUCACUGGUUUUAUCUUCUCACACUGGGAGUGGCUGGCGUGUGUGUGUGAGGAGACAGAGGAGGGGUCGUGUGGUCUCCAAGCAGAGAUGAACUUGGAUCUCUGAUUAUAUGAUCUAACUUAUACUUUUGGCUGGUAAAAGAGUCAGAUCUGAUACUCACUCACUAUGAUUAAUAUCAUUGAAUGCUAGGUUUCAUGAUAAAUAAUUUGAUACUAAACACAUAUGAAUGAAGUGUAGGAUCACAUCAAACAUUCUCAUUAUGUUUUAAGUAUCACAUUGAACAUGCUAAAUUACUCUGAAAUGAAACAGAUAGUAACACAUGGAAACUGUGAACAACAAAAGAGUAAAUACAUGUGAAUGAACGUCAUCAUGAUUAAUAAUGGAUUCUAAAUACUCACAUUCAGAUUAUUCAAUGACAUUAUAACCACCUAAUGGUUAAAAAUACUAAAUAAACAUCUACAAUAUAAACCAAACAUUUCUAAACUAUUUCUGUCACUUAUAGUAAAGUUAUGAUUCAUAGUCGAUAAAUUUAACUCUUAAAAGUUCAUGAAACAGUCUGAAAGGUGUUGGUCUAAAGAACUAAAGAAUAAAGGAUUUAUUCUGUCAGAGCGAUAACUCGGCUUCUGGAGCACAUAGAACAACGGGAAACAUCUCAUUUUAACACAAAUUUCAUGAUUAGACAGAUUAGUACAUUGCUGAAUGCAUAAGAUGUCAGGAUCAGUCAUUUGUAUUCUUUCACCAAAGGAAUGUAGUCUUUAUCAGUGUAUGGUCGAGCAGGGUUUUACGACUGAGGUCUGGAGGUCAGUGUCCCCCCUUAUCCUGGGGUCCGUAUGUUCACACAGGUUAAUGUUAAUGGGUUGAGGUUAAUGUUUAUUUAGAUGGUCAGCAAAUGGAGUCAGUUUGAAAGGUAAUCAAAACUCUGUCUCUGUUCUCCGAAUCGACCAAUCGUGAAGAGUCAGAGGUUUAGUCAACCUCCGGUUGGGUCAUUUAGGUAACCUGAAAGUGUAAACACGUCUGGAAAGAUUUAUAUCCUGUUUCCUGGGACCAGAUAAGGAAACUUUCCUGUGAGGAAUGUGUAAGUUUCACACCCAGGGUUGUCUUGAUUGCUACAAUUCUCAAAUCUAUGAAUGAACACAUGUGGAAUCAUGUGCUUAAGAAAAAAGUGUGAAAUAACUGAAAACAUGUUUUAUAUUUUAGAUUUCUCAAAGUAGCCACCCUUUGCUUUUUUGAUAGCGCUGCAAACUUUAGCUGUUCUCUCAAUGAGCUUCAUGAGGUAGUCACCUGAAAUGGUUUUUACUUCACAGGAGUGCCUGAAGUAACCCUGACAAGGUACUUCUGCCAUCAAGAGCAAAGGGUGGCUAUUUUAAAGAAACUAGCAUAUAAAACAUGUUUUCGGUUAUUUCACACUUUUUUUAUAAGUACAAAAUUCUACAUGUGUUCAUUCAUAGUUUUAAUGCCUUCAGUAAUAAUCUACAAUGUAAAUAGUCAUAUAAAAAAAUAAAGAAAAGACAUUGAAUGAGAAGGUGUGUCCAAACUUUUGGCCUGUACUGUACAUGCUGUGCGUGUGACAAUGUGGGUUGGGGGGCAGGGAGGAGGAGGAGGGGUGCUAUGAGGUCACCGUCUUCUCCGGACUUAUCUAUUUACACCAACUACGGCAUGAAGACGAAUACCCAGAUAUCCACCUGCAGACCCGUUUUCAAAAAAGAUGCGGAGUCAUGGACAAAUACGCGUCUCCGUGUGUCAAUAUCACUAGAUCGAUAGUUUAUUUUACUGAUGUCUUACAAAUUCGUACUCGUGUAAAGACCACCUGAGAGAGUUAGAUCCUGGAUCUGUAGAGUGGGGGGGAGAGGCUCACACAGACACAGCUCCCUGGGAUUAAACACAAACAGAGGAGGACAUGAACACUUGGGAUGUCGAGAUUCACUGAUUCGUGUCGGCGGUCCGAUACAAACGUUUGCGAUGCAACUGCCCCGGUAGAUUUAAGGAGCGUUGGAUAUAAAUUACGGGUGAAUUUGUGGUGCAUCUCUUUUAGCCUGUCUUCACCGGUAAAUCUCGUUAAAUCGAUAAGUUCAUGUUCUAGUAUCUAUUCUCUGUCCUAUCCUCUUUUCCGAGGUAAGCUGAAUGCAUUAUUGCAUCCUCGGGCACUGACGCAAACAGGUGUUGUACACAACAAAUAUGGAAGCAAACAAGAACAACAGCAGCAGCGAUGAGAUAUUUAACGCACCAAAAAAGACACACAAAUCAAACAUGUGGCAAUAUUUCAGGGUUUCAAAUAGGGAUGUUCCCAGCGGUUAUUUUCACUGACGUUUAAACGACCAUUUUUUAAACCGAAUAUUCGAAUACAUGAAAAUUAAUUAACUCCCAGAAAAUAGUCCAAAUUGAGCACAUGUCGAUCUAUAUGGCCAGAUAUCAUCUGAAAUAAAUAUAAUGAGCACAUGAAAGCCAUGCUUAAAAUAUUAAAAUAUGUUACAGAAUCUUAUUUUAGCGCUGGAGAAUGACAUAAAGUACGUGAAAGAUCAAAGCAAUUAAGCUCCGCCCCGCUACGCUCAAGCCAAGCAGCCCGCUGCGUCAUCGGCCUGCCUCACACCAUAAGCACAAAAUGAAGAGUCUUCAGAGUCAGACAACAUCAUGUUCAACAACGUUUAUUUUCAACAUCUCUGACAGCAAAUCAAAAGACUCCCAAGCUUUGCUCUUUUUUCUCACCGACAUCGCUCUGGCUGAUCGCAUGUGUUUAUUCACUCUGAGGAAGUUAACCCACGAUGCCAUGCAUGCUGCAGGCCAGCGCUACGAGCCCAGAGCAGCAAGCCAGGCAGAAAGAGUCGCACGCAAAUGAUCCACACAUUUUAGCUUGUUUAAUGCACACUUUUAUUAAGACAUGACGGUAAAAACGUAAUUUAAAAAAAAAGAAGCAUAAACGAAUAUUAUUUACUAAACGGAUAGUAAGGACAGCCCCGUUUGCACGAAUAUCAGAAUAACCGCGCACACCCCUAGUUUCAAGCGAGGAGGUCAACUUAACAAGACGCACGCAAUUAACAAACAAUGCCGUGCGGCUAUUAAGUACUUCAUCAGCACAACGAACCUGGCAACGCACAUGAAAAGACGACACGGUGUGGAUACCUGUGUGGCUGCUCCUCCCUCCGCUGACAGUAAGAUGUGUUUCUGGUAAUAUUAUUUGCACAUUUCUAAUUCUGCAUUCACGGAAACUGUUUAACUGUGAAGUUUUAUACGUUUUGUAUAAUUAUAGAGACAGAGAACAUAAUUAGGAGUUCUUUAUUAUUAUUAAAAUUAAAUGCUCUGACUGUUCAGUCUUUUUAAAAAUAUGAUUUAUUGAUUUGCUCCAUAAAAAAAUGACCAAAAAUUAAAAGCAUCCCUCAUAUUAAUACAGAGAGUAAAGCAGGAUUGUGCUUUUCAGGUAAGAAACCUGAUGUGGAAAAAUACUCUCUCGUACACAACUGUAUUGAAUGAUCACAUAAUAUCAAAGUGAAUCCUUUAAUAAUGACGUCAUAUCAUUAUCAAAUCAUUUUUGAAUCACAUCGUAUUGACGGGAGCCUCAGUGUAUCGUUAAUGUUCCGAAUUGGUGGCGGUGUAUCGAGAUGCAUAUCGAAUCGGCCUCAGUGGUGGAAAAAUAAAUCUCUGCAUAUAAUCACACAAUACAAAUACUAUAAAGAUCAUGCCUACCACAAAGAACUGGCAUCUACAGGGCUGUUUGGUCUCAGAGUUCACUAGAAUCACCAAAGCUCUAAUCAGAUUUAUGACUCGAGUUCUUAGCACUACAUAGUUCCUGGAAAAACCGAUCAGGAACUUCUUAGAAAACUUAGGAACUAAAUGUGGAAGCAGAAAUCCUCCUCCUCCUUCUUCUCCACCUCCUACUCCUCGUCUCCUGUUUGAUUUUACAUGUCUGAAGGUCUGCAGAUCAAAGAUGGUUUUCCUCCUCCAGGUAAAUUCUUCCACAAAAGUCCAGAUAACAGAUUUCACUGAGAGUUUUCAGGCUUUUAUUGUGAAAGAGGAAGUUUACAUUUCAAAAAUCGCUGACUUUAAACUCAUGAUGCUACUACAUUGUGUUACCAUUGUUACAUUUCUGAGUGACAGUCUGUUUGUGUCACCUAAUAGCUCCUGGCCCCACCCCCUCUCUCACCACCGUCUCUCGUUUGACCCUGGAGCCCCCCCGGGUGGUGAUGAGCGUUGAGGAGUUUUACUAUGGGACGUUUCCAGGAGACCUGAGUCUGAGGAAACCUCAACCCCUGGGGAUCAAAGCGCCCACCUUUACCUGCCAGAUCUGCAACCACCUGGCCCACAACAACCUCAGGUGAGAGCCCAGAGCAACCACAGGACCUGAAUGUACCUGGACUGACUGGAUUAGCAUGCAAACAUGUAAAUUUUACUCUGUGUGUGUGUGUGUGUGUGUGUGUGCGUGUGUGUGUGUGUGUGUGUGUGUGUGUGUGUGUGUGUGUGUGUGUGUGUGUGUGUGUGUGUGUGUGUGUGUGUGUGUGUGUGUGUGCGUGCACACCUGCAGUAUGAUGCAGCACAUCGUCCUGCACUCGGAGCUGACCGGGACUGGACCGAUUGAGGGGAGGAGGUGCUGUAAGUUCUGUUACCGACAGUUCUCGUCUCCACAUCAGCUGAAGAGCCACCAGGACCAGGUCCACGGGUCCACUCUCACCUCCUGUAAGGAUACACCUGUUCUACUGGUCUCUCUAAACCAACCAAUGAAACCAGAACCAUGUUGAGCUCCCCAGACUCUUUUUUGUGGACAUGUGCACUGGUCCAGACUUAAGGUCUGAAUUUGUACCUUGGAUGAGUUUUGGAUGGUCUUGACUUGAAGCUCAGCGGUCUUACCUGUAGCUCAGACUAGAUGGUCUCUUUAAUUUGGGACUCGUGUUUUUCAGCUACUUUUACCCUCAAUUUCCUCCUCAUCAUGGGCGUCUACUAAUAGGUCGUAUCCUCUGAUCGUAGCUGAUUGUAACCAUUGAAGUUAACCUGUCAAUUUCCACCGGCUUCUUUCCGUUCCUCUGCGGAUCGCCGGACUCCACAGCUGAUCUCAAGAGUUCUAUUUUUUCCGGACGCCGGAGCAUGCCGGAUAAAUUUAGCACAGAUUAACCCGUGCUGGAAAGGAAGUCAGGCACAGACACAAAAUAAAAAAUCUGUCUUCUUUUCAAAAUAAAACACUCUGUGUUUCAGGAGGAUCGUAUUUCACACCAUGCAAACAGGCAGAGACGAACAAGUGAAAGGUUUUUAGACGUCAUUUCACCCCGAUGACACCAUUAAUGAGGAGAUGCUGAUUCUAGAAGUCUAGAAGUACAUUUCCUCCUCUGGAAGGACACAAUCUACUGCUUAUAUGUCUAUGUGUCUGUCUUUAUAGAGACAACUCGUUAUCGCAUGAUUGAACGUGAAUCCGCGGGUUCUUGUGAGUUCUCGCGAUUACUGUUGUUAGUGGUUCACCACGAAAUUCGCCUCAUAAACUGAUCCGGUAGGAAUUGGCGGACGGCGAAAAAUCGCCACCGUUACGGAUGCGGUGGAAAUUUGGGGUUGGAUGUGGAAUUACCCUUGGACUUGGGACUUGAGUGAGGACUCACCUGUCUCUGUUCCUUUUAGAUUGUGACUCAUCUUUCUUGGGAAGAUUUGGGAUCAGAUCAGGUUCUUAAUCCCCCCCCCCUCUCUUGCUCUUUCUCUCUUGCUCUCCGCCCCCUCCCCAGGUAUGUGUCGUAUCUGUGAGUGGGCGUUUGAGAAUGAGCCGGCCUUUCUGAACCACAUGAAGUCUAACCACAAACCAGGAGAGAUGCCCUAUAUUUGCCAGGUGAGCCUGACCUCUGACCCCGGCUCAGCCUCCGUGCUCAGGCCUCGUUAACUCAGGUGUGUCUUUCAGGUGUGCUCGUAUCGCUCAUCCUUUUACUCGGACGUCCUGCAGCACUUCACCAGUUUCCACAGAGACACUCGUUUCCUGCUGUGUGUCUUCUGCCUGAAGGUGACAAGGAACCCCGCCAGCUUCCAGCAGCACCUGUUGAGACACCAGGUGAGCUCAUCUGUCAUCAGACACAUAGAUACCUAUAAGAAAGGCUAGACGACUCUAUGAGGUGCAGUCACCUGCGUCCCUACACGGCGGCCAUCUUACUCCAGUCUACCAUUCUGGUACGCUCUGUGGUAGCUGACGGGAGGUGAGUAAUCUGUAUGAUCAAAAAUACCCUUAACUCGCUGAAAUCUUGACAGAUUUACAAAUGUUUUAGUUUAUUACAGACUUUAACAAUGUGGCUAUGAGUCGGGAUGCUUGGACAUAUUGAAAUGGAAGAUUUACUUGGAAAAAAAAAGAAAGACUUAAUCCUGAAGCACAGUUGUUUUACGUAUAUAAGGGUUAACUUUGAGUCACUUUGUCAAAGUUGAGACCACAAUCGAGAUUAUAAUUUCUUGCAUGGCAGCCUAUUUUUUAUUUAGUCUAAGUGUCAGUCUUUGUGGAUGUGCUUGUGUUUAUCAGCUGUCUAACUUGGCUAACAGACUCACUAUGAGUGAGACCAAGUACAUAUUACAAAGUUGACCCAGUAAUUUUACAUCAGUUAAAGAGGCAGAAAUGCUCUUUUGAUUCAACAUAACUUAAGUUGCACAUUAUUUCCGAACUGUUUGGUUUGUUAAAAACAUCUAAAAUGGAAACAUGAGGCAGAAAUUUAUAUUGAAAAUAAAUAUUUAUAUAUUAUUGUUAUAUGUCAUUAUAGUUAUCCCUAACAUAGAAAUAUUGCUAAUUUAACAUACAUGGAAUGUUUAAAUGUUUCAUAUAUAAAUGAUUUAAUAAAACUGCCUUGUGUGUGUAGGCCUAAAGCUAUUGCUCUACGUAUCUGUUCAAUGUUUAUUUAUGAAAAUCCAUGCUUAAAAUUACUCUUGAAUAUACAGGAACAUAACUAAAACUCUGAGGUUUGUUAUAAACCAAACUGUUUGAAAAUCUGUUUAAAAUUGAUCAAUCUAUCGUUAUUUAAAUGUUACAUAAACGGUAGACUGGAAUGUUAUGAGUGGGAGAGCUGCCUGAAACAAGAUGGCCACCAUGCACGGACGUUGGUCUCCAUUGGUUAAAAUCCUGUGUCAGCCAUCUAGUGUUUAUAUUUAUCUAUGGUCAGACACACCGGUCUGAUAGAUCCUGUCGGUUUGAAGUGACCUGCAGAGCCUGGAGUCAGGUCCCAACUACACAAAUGCGGAUAUAUUUCAAACCGCACAUAUUUAUGUCCGAUUAGGCCUCCCUACCACACCAAAAUGGGAGUUUGGAAUACUCAAACCGGAUAAAUCUGAAUCCGAAAAAACAAGUGGAGAAAUAAAAAAAUACCCGUAUAAGUGGAUUUGUGUGGUUAAACUUUUACGGAUCGAUGACGUCAAACCGCAGCUCGCGCAUGCGAAUUAAAAAGAAAAACAACAACGAUGGCGGACAUACAGGGUAUUCUUUAUGUUUGUUUUGCCUUUUUGGGGCUAAUUUCAGUCUUGCAAGUGAACCUUGUUUUAUACAAUUACAUCCACCAGUCAGCCAGCUCACAGAGGCGUCUGCUUUGUUAUAGCCGCCACACCGCCACAUGGACCCGACGCACUUGCGUAGCUUCCGCAAACAAUGCAUGACGCAUCACGCGGCUACGAUUCAUCGGCCAAUCAUGUAGCUUUGUUCCUGAAUUUUUUUUUAAGCGGCACCAGAUAGGAUUGAGUUUGAAGGCUACGUGUGGACGCAGAUAUUUUUGAGAACUAACACGUGUGGACAGAUACAUUUAUUUAGACGGGAGUACAAAAAUAUCCUGAUAAAUAAAUAUCCAUAUACGUGUAGUGCGGGCCUCAGUUGUCUCUUAUAUGGACUGCUGUUGUUGUACAGUACAGGGUAGGGCCCCCUGCUGGUCCCUGAGGAAACUGCAGGUGGACUGUGAGGACAUUAGAAAGAACAGGGACUCAACAGUGUGAUCCAUCUGUGUAGACGAGGUUUUCCUGCAAGAUGAUGGUCCAUGUGGUGUCGCUUGUUAAAAGGUUUAGAUGAGCGUGAACACAUAUCAUCGCUCUGAGGACUGAAAACAGCUGAUUGAUUGAUCAGUGGACUCCUAUUUUGGUAAAGGUCUGUAAUGUCAUGAGUCUGGCUGGUUCGUUCAGGUUGUCCUUCAGGUUGUAACUCUAACCACUGAGUCCAUGGUGACCAUGACGGCUGUGUAUUACAUGUGUGACACUGUCGGGUAUGGAGUCAGCUGCGCCGAUGUCUGUGGUUCUGGUCCAUGAUCUCUCUGUGGUUCUGUCCCCCCUGCUCAGGUAAACCAGGCCUUCCACUGUAACAGGUGUCGUCUUCAGUUCAUCUACCUCAAAGAUAAGAUGCAGCACAAACAGGAGAACCAUCGCAGUUUCAGACGACCCGCUCAGCUGGAGGGGCUGCCGCCGGGGUCAAAGGUCAGCCCACCUUUCAGCCUCCAUGACUUUCAGAACCACUGGGACCUGCUGUGACAGUGAUGUGGUCUCUCCUCGUGUCUCCAGGUGACCAUCAGGACCUAUGGGAAGUUUAGACCGCCGAUGACAUCACCGGUGCACAAGCUGCUCCACAGCUCCUCCCCCCUCAUCCAGCCAAUCAACAUCAAGACAGAGCACCCCAAGUCUCUGAUCCAGAGGGGUCCUUCGUCCUCCAAAAACCCCCGAUCCCCGACCAAGAGGUCCAUGAACCGCAGAGUCAACAUCAACAGGUCAGGCUGAGAGCUGUGGCGUGGUUUCUCCUGAAGGGGGCGCAAAAGGAUAGGUCAGCUAGCUCAUGAGGGCUGUGACGAAAACCUGAUACUGGGACAGAGGAGUCUGAGGUCAGCUGACUGUGCGGUCCCAUCCCUGAACCUGCCUGUAAACUGUCCCCCGUAUGUCUGUCCUCCUGCAGGACUUCCUUCUUCGAGGACGAGCGCCUCAUAUGUUUGGAGUGUGGAACCGAUGCCGCCGAUUUCUCCGCCCACUACCCGACACACGUCCGCUGUCUGCUGUGUCCGUACAGCAGCUGCUGCUCCAGAGCCUACGCUGCCCACAUGAUCCAGUAAGAGCUGCAGGGGUACUCCCACUACUGCAGGAUCACAGUACUACUACAGAAUUACAGUACUAAUGCAGUAUUACAAUACUACUGCAGUAUUACAGUACUGCAGUGUUACAGUACUACUGCAGUAUUACAGUACGACUAUAGUAUUACAAUACUACUGCAGUAUUGCAGUAUUACUACAGUGUUACAGUACUACUGCAGUAUUACAAAACUACUACAGUAUUACUGUAAAACUGCAGUAUUACAGUGCUACUAGAGUAUUACAGUACUACUGCAGAAGUACAAUACUACUGCAGUAUCAAUGUACUACUGCAGUAUAACAGAACUACUGCAGUAUUACAGUACUACUGCAACAUCAUAGUACUACUGCAGUUUAACAGUACUACUGCAGUUUAACAGUACUACUGCAGUAUGGUACUACUACAGUAUUACAGAACUACUGCAGUGUUACUGUGCUACUGCAGUAUUACAGUACUAAUACAGUAUUUCAAUACUACAGUGUUAUAGUAUUACUACAGUAUGACAAUACUACCGCAGUAUUACAAUACUGCAGUAUUACAGUACUACUGCAGUAUCACAGUACUACUGUAGUAUAACAGUACUACUGCAGUAUAACAGUACUACUGCAGUAUUACAGUAACACUGCAGUAUUACAGUACUACAUUAUUACAGUACUACUGCAAUGUUACAUCAAUACUGCAGUAUUACAGUACUGCUGUAUUACAGUACUACUGCACUAUUACUGUACUACUGCAGUCUUACUGUACUGCUGCAGUAUUACAGUACUAAUACAGUAUUACAAUACUACAGUGUUAUAGUACUACUACAUUAUGACAGUACUACCGCAGUAUUACAACACUGCAGUAUUACAGUACUACUUCAGUAUCACAGUACUACUGCAGUAUAACAGUACUACUGCAGUAUUAUAGAACUACUACAUUAUUACAGUACUACUGCAAUGUUACAUCAAUACUGCAGUAUUACAGUACUGCUGUAUUACAGUACUACUGCAGUAUAACAAGUCUUGCAGUAUUACAGUACUACUGCAUUAUUACUGAACUACUGCAGUCUUACAGUACUACUGCAGUGUUACAUUACUACUGCAGUGUUACAGUACUACUGCAGUACUACAGUACUACUGCAGUUUUACAAUACAGCAGUAUUACAGUUCUACUACAGUAUUACAGUACUCUGAUAGUAUUUACCCAGGCUGUCAGCCGCGUCUCAACUGACUGUACUGCAGUGACACCCAGAAUUCUGGGCAAUUUUGAGCAUGUUAACUGAUGAAAUGAUGGUUGUUGUCAUUGUGACUCUGAUUCGUCUUCUCUCUCUCUCUCUGUCUGUCUUUUUCUCUCUCCCCCUCUUCCUCUCUUUUUCUCUCUCCUCUUUCUUUCUCUCUUUCUUCCUCUCUCUCUCUCUCUCUGUCUUUCCCUUUCUUCCUCUCUCUCUCUCUCUCUCUCUCUCUCUCUGUCUCUCUCUCAUAGUCACCACGUGCCAAAAUCCAAACACGAAGUUCUUCCUCUGCACAGACUGCCUCCACCAUGGUGAGAGCCCCUCAAACUCAUCAGUCUCAGAUCAUCUGUCCUACCUAGAAAAACCAUGAACACGCUCAGAGUCCACAAACCUCAACAAUGGCUCUAAAACAGUCCAGAUGCUGGUACCUGAUCCAAAAUUACAGAACUUGGUGGUUUUGAAAGCCUCCUGAAAAACUCUUCGUCUGGAUGGAUGCAGAUGUUGCUCCUAAACCUGGAGAUAAUGUCUAGAACUGAGGAUGCAGUUUCUGUGAUAUCCAGUUCUUUGUUAAAAGGACAACUGGACUUACUUGAGACGUUUCGCGAAACGUCUCAAGUAAGUCCAGUUGUCCUUUUCAAAUGAGUGUUAGAUUUUGAUCCAUCAGACUCUAGAACAGUUCAGUCCCCUCAGUCCACCUUAAACUGGUUCAGGUCCAGAGAAGUCUCAUAACCUUAUUCUGUGUGUGUGCGUGUGUGUGUGUCAGCGUGUACGUGAUGUGUUGCUCGGACUGUAACUUCAGGCCUCGCUCAGCUGACCAGAUGGCUGAACACCUGCUGACAAACCCGGAUCACUACAGCGCCACAUGUCGGCCCCGCAGUAAGUUUGUACACACACACGUUGGCAGUUUAUCGUAAAAACUGUCACGUUCAGGGUGAAACAACGUAGGGAAGGACACAAAAUGCAGAAGAAAAAUGAUUUAUUUCAAAAUGAACUAAAUAAAAAGCAACAAAAACUUAGUUAUAAAAUGUCCAACUCAAAAACCCGAAAGGGCAAAAACCAACAGAAGACACUGGAGACACUAAGACAUACAUUCACAAUGAACUAACAAAGAAACAGGGGAAGACAAGGACUAUAUACACACACAGGGAAAUGAGAGGCAGGUGAGACACUGAGAAACUGGUGAGGACAAUUACUGAGGAGGGAAAACUAAGGAAGUAAAACAAAACUAGGAACACAGAGAAUAAACUACUUUAAAAUAAAACAGGAAAGACUGAUAAUGAAUAAAACACUGAGUACAUCAGGGAACUGGGGUCAGAUACAAACUGAAAACUCACAAGACUAGACUACAGGGGAACAGGAACACUAGGGAAACGAAACACUAGGAAAAAAUCACAAGGAAAAUACACUGAAAUCACAAAACCAGGCGAAAAACUAAAUAAACAGAACAUAUGACAAAAACAGGCUCCUCCAAUAAUAAACGGUCCAUAAUAAGCUUUAUUGAGAGUGAUUUUAGCAUCUGAAACAACAGUAAAAUAAAAAGAUAAACAGAUAAAAAGGUUUUGAUUUUGAUCAUGAGCCCCCACCACCACCACCACCACCACCACACACACACACACACACACACAGAUCCUCCUUCCUGCUCGCCGUCCAGCUCAGAGUGAACUCUGUCUGAGGUCACCCUGAGCUGAAGGAGCUGCAGACUGAAUCCCUCCCUCAGCUUUACGUAAACAUGGGAACACAAAUAAUAAUCACUUUACAUAAACAAUACAACCUCCUGACAUAAUUCCUGUGCUUUUCAUAAACACGUUUUUGUUAGUAAUCUGAUGUGAAUUUCUGGAGUCUGUAAAUAUGAAACUUUCUAAAAUAAACACAUCGUCCUGAAUCUGUCAGCGUCCAGCCUGACCUCUGAGUGACCCCAGACCAACAAAUCAAACAUCGACAGGACGGUUAGAGUGAACUGUCCCACUGCUGCUGCUGCUUCACGCAGAUGUGUUGCUCCACAGCGUGGCGAGCGUCCAGCUCUUGGCUCAGACUGAGCUAAAGAAAAUAAACCUGACCCGAGUGGGGGUUAACCCUCAUUCCUCUCAGACGCCGUGCAGUCGAGGAAACAGGAAGAGAGAAAAAACGAACAAUGUGAUUACAUAAAGUUUCUGUCAGGAUCUGAGCCCCACUUACAGGAGAUAACUGUAGGUUAACACCCCUGAGAUAUCAUCUCCAGCUGCAGGACUGGCUCAGCGCCCAAACAUCCACAGAAACAGACUUCCUGCAAAUCCUUGAAAAGUCUUGAAAGGUCUUAAAUUGGAAUAAUUGGAAGAUUUUAAGGUCACAACACAUCUAACUUUGAGCUUCUAAAGCUCUAGAUUUUUGAUAGGACAUGCAUUUUAGGGUGACCAUAAGGAUCUUAUAAACAAUUAUUAGACACUUUGCACCGCUCUGUCAUAUUUCUAUAAAUGAACUAGGAUGUAGAAGUUUGGGGGGCGCAUACAGGACUGAUACCAUCCAUCCAACUCACUCCUUCUAGUCUUUAAGUAGGACACACUCAGAAAACAGUCAGAGCCUCUUAAACUUGGUUAAACUCGAGUGAACUAACCCCAAACAGAAGAGAGGAGGAAAGAAAACCAGAACAUUCAAGGGCAGGAAAAAAAUUGGCGUUAGGACCAAAAACACGGGGGAGAAAAGGUUGGAGGAGGGAAACAUGAGGCAACUCUGAAAAUAUGUAAGAACAGCCUGGGGUCUUAGGAAGUCUGAUAACUACAGCAGAAUAAAGUGAGACAGAGGAGAGGGUGAGGAGAGUCAAGAUGUUUGGAGCUUAAAAGGAUUUUAAACUAAAGUCUUAAUUGGAUUUUAAAAAGUGUGCUGAAUACUGGAUCAGUAUUUCCACACUGACCCCCCUCCGGCUCUAAUGCAGAUCUGAUGGAUCAUUAAUGAGUGGAGACAAACUCUGGAGGGGUUUGUGUCUGAGACUUGUGUGGUGGUCAGGCUUGUCAGUUUCAGUGUCAUGUACGAGCGUGGACCCCCAUCAGAGGAAUAUACCUGAGAGUAGAUGAUAACUGUGUUGCCCUACUAGGUUGUCCUUGUCUCGUCCUUUUACUACCUCCAACAGCUCUCACUCUAACGUCAUCGCUAAGGGCUCAGACCGACCAGAAACCAGGUUCUGAGCACGAUGUGGUAAAAGUAAACUCUGGUCGGUGGUGUCUCAUGGUGUGACUGAUUUAGUUUCUACAGGAUCUUUGAUUGUUUCGGUAAACUUUGAUUGUAAAUGUCUCGUUUUUGUUUUUUAACCUUUCUUUCAGCCUUCACCGAUCCAGACAUCCAGUUCUUGGACAAUGAAGAGCAGCAUCUCUCAGAGGAGAAGGAACCAGGCCGGAACAAGGAGCUGCCUGAUCCGUCAUGGAAGUCAGCAGACUCUUGGAAAGAUCCAACAGACAGUGAAGGUGAAAGUGCCAAGUCCUCCAUCCUGCCAUUCACUCAGAGCAGUGGACCUCAGCACCACCUGUCUAGGAACUGUGACGCCAUUGACUACUUCAACCUGCUCUUCCCCGCUACGCUCAUCGAGCUGAUCACCAACGAGACCAACGCCCAUGUCAAGACCUGCCAGUACCUGGGCACUCGCACCUCAGAGUGGGUCCCUGUCACCACUCAUGAAAUCAAAGGUUUCAUUGGUCUGGUCAUCCUGAUGGGGAUCCAGAACCUUCCUGACCCAGCACACUACUGGUCCUGGAGUCACUAUGACAACAGCUACACCUUCUACCGCGCCAUGAGCUACAAACGUUUCAAACAGAUCGCUGACAAGAUCCGCAUGGGGAGCUUCGCCACAGAGGAGCAUCGGGGCACCAGCAGACCCCGUGACUCUCUGCACAUCUUCAGACCGAUGCUGGACAUCCUGAGCAGAGCCAUGUGGAGCACCUACCAGGCGAACUGCUGCCUGACCAUCGACCGGGCUUUGCUGCCCAGCCCAGAGGAGGAGGGCUGCAGUGCCAAAGAGAAUCCAAAGACUCAGCCUCAAGUGUGGCUCCUCUGUGACUCCAAGUCCGGCUAUUGCCAUCGCUUCUUCAUCCAGGUGGGGGAGAAGACGGGCCAGGAGCGUGGCUUCACUGUGGUACCUGAGCUGGUGAAAGGUUUGGAGGAAAAACACCAUCAGCUGUACCUGGCUAAUACCCUCACAUCCAUCCCCUUAAUGCAGAAGCUUCUAGACCAGGGCAUCUACGCCUCCAGCUCCUUCCCUCCACCCAACCCCAUCCUGCCCAGAGAGCUGUGGGAGGAAGGUCAGCUGGAGAAGGCAGGGGACUUCCUGCAGAAGCAGUGUGGUCCGCUGCUUGCCACUCGAUGGAGAGACACCAAAGAGAUGGGCUGUUUGUCAACCAACGCAGCUGCAGGGGAAGCUGACACCGUUUGGAGAAGAUCCCAGACCAAGGUGGGUGGCCUCGACCCCAUUAACCGGCCUAUGGCUUUCCGCCUUCUGCAAGAGAAUAUGCGAGGGGUCGACAUCUGCAAGCAGCUGCUGGCCUGCAACCCUCUGGGGGGAGUCCCUCAGGACAGACACUGGCGUAGUCUCUUCUGGUUUCUUGUGAAUCUGAGCAUCGUGAACGCCUUCAUAGUGUUAAGAGAAAGCCGCAAGGAGAACCCGCCCCCCUGGGUGCAGGAAGGCCUUUUCACUCAGGUCAACUUCCGCAAACGUUUAGGGAACCAGCUUGCCAAGUGUGCUCAGAAGUACUUUGAAAACAUGGAGAUGGCCAGCUCUCGAGCAACAAGGUCAGAGGUUUCUGAGGAACCCGUCAAACAGAGACACAGGAUGGUGAAGAUCAGCAGCAUCUCCAAGAGGUGUAAGAACUGCAACUCCAAGAACAUCCGCCGUGAGAGUGUGAACGGCUGCGCCACCUGCAAAGUCAACUUGUGCAAAGAGCCAAGCUGCUUCUGGGAGUUUCAUGGUCUGUCUCCUCAGAACAGAGGUCAGUAUUUUCUCAGGCUGUAGCAUCUUGAUCACAUUUCCGCAGAACCUAGCGUCUCAAUACCUUUAAAGACUUGAUAGGUCUUCAAAAAAAAUGUAGUUCCUGUGUUCAUGCAUUUGGUCAGAGCAAAAGGAAAACGACUACUUGGGACCUGGUUCUGAAUUUUUGAAACCCCAAAACCUGAAACUCGAACCAUUAAUAUUUGAGCCCAGAAAUACCUUGAUGGAGUCUCAUGCAUGACGUUGUACCAGGUCACAUUUAAAACUAAUCACUGGUGCACAAACAUAAAUCCAUUAUCAAACAAAGCUUUUUAAUAAAAUCAAAUUCCUGUCUUUGUUCAUCCCUCCAAACUCUGACCACUAAAAAACAAAGUCAGCGCAGGCAUCGGGGUCAAACUGACAGGAAAUAAAGUCGCUCAACACUCAUUCCAAAAAGCUGAAAGUUUGGCUAAUUUGGGACCCAGCUCCAGAAUCAGAAUCAACAUCAACAGAAUCAACACAACAGCCAUCACUCAGUUCAUUUACAUGCACAGUUUAAUCGGACUAAUCCCAUAAUUCUUUUUUUUCACCGAAUCAGACUUCUCUCCUUGUCCGCGUAUACAUACAGCUGAGAAAAUCAAAUUAUUGACGUGAACAUGUCCUCCUCUCCAAAACUAGGGGGCAAUAUGGGUGUUUUCAGCGGCGCUGUUUCCGACCCCAUGCACACAUGCAUUGUCCAAUCAUACUCCAACUACGCUGGUUACCUGGUAGAGAAAAUCGAAUUUCAACCAUUAUCUGGGUGUCUUGAUCGGAGUUCUCCGACUCCAAUCAGAGUUCUCAAACUCCGAUUAUAGUCAGACCAAGGUGUUGACAUGCACUUCAGUUGUCCGGUCUUAAUUGGAGUAAGGCAAUAAUUUGGAGUGAGGAGGCAGAAGGCCCACAUCAGUGAGGGACUUCAUAUUGUGGACUUGUUAACACGAUAUUAUCAAGAUAAUUGUGGGUUUUAAUUGUUAUUAAAUUGUUAUUGUGUAAUUGUUAGCUCCUGUGUAUUUUCAUAAUGUGCUGUCAGAUCUGUCUGUGUCUGUGGAUACUUUAGUUUUAAUUCCAUGUUUGGUGUCUUCACAGUUUCCACUAAAAUUGGAUUUAUCAAGGACAUUAAAAGGUAAGACCGAAAAUUUCAUAUUUGAUUAUCUGUGAGUUUAGAUGAGUUUGGUGUGUGAAUGUCAGAGCUCUGAAUCAGUUAUGAGUGAUGUGUGUGUGUGUCGGGGUCCCAAUGUCUGACAUAUUUUGGUCUUUCCUGUUGCCUUAUAUGGUCAUCAUGUUUAUAUCUUGUUCUCUGUGCUGCAGCGGUGCCAUUGAGUUUCCUGAGCCCAAGUACAACCAGUACGAUGCCAUGGCUCCUGUGGAGGACUUUGACUUUUCGGACAGUGAGAAGCUGGAAGAUCUGGAUGACAUGGAUCCAGAAUGUGAAGAUGUACAUGAAGAUAACACAGAAGAAAAAAAUUUAAAGUCUCAUCUGCCGUCAACCACAAACACUCCCAUCCAGCAGGCAGCUGUCCUGCCCUGCUCCAAAGAGCGGGAUGAUCUCCUGACCGCCCGUCAGCUGAGGAUCGCAUUAUCAGCUCUGUGUGACGGUCUCCACCAGGCUUCCAGGGUCUUCUCUACGGAGACUCAGCUAAUCCGGACUUGGCUAAAGGAGGCCAGGAAGCGUUUCAAGUACACUGAGCAGGAACAGAAAGUCCAGUCAGGUGGUGAGGACCGCAUGGUGGGCUGGGUGCUGUCCAUGCAUGAACAGCAGCUCCCCAUCACUGAGAGCAACCUUUUCCACAAAGCUUCCACCCUGAGGAAGAAGGGGGGCUUCAGUGACUCCUUCCGGAUCUCCUACGACUGGGCCGUGAGCUUCAUGAUGCGCCAUCAGCUCGCCCCACUGAGUGUCAGUAAGGCGGCUUCACUGGCCCGCACCCUGCCUCCUCCUCUGGAGGCCAAGAUCAAGACCUUCAGGGAGUUUACCAAGAGGGUCUUCCAGGACAAGAAGCUCUCAGACAGGACUGUAGCUGCCAUGGAUGAACUGUCUUUCUUUGUGGAUCUGAGGUUGGUUCAGGACAAGUCCUGUCGCUCAGAUGCUGUCGAGCUCACCGGGUCCAUCCCUCUGGUCACCGUGUACCUGACCAUGCUGGCAGAUGGUACCAUACUGCCGUCUUUGGUUCUGUCCAACAGGCAGCUUCCUGCCAAAGAGCGACCUGAGUUCAUCCUGCUGGAGGCCGGCUCUGAGAAUCUGACGGUGGACGAAGCCCUGGAUCUGUGGUCUAAACAGGUGUGGCUCCAACACGUGUCUGGUUUCACUGAGCCCAGAAAAUCUAUGCUGGUCUUGGACCGUCACCGGGAGCACAUGGGGGAACCAUUCCUGACCACCAUCAGCGGAUCCGGGACUCUCCCAGCAGUGAUUCCUGGAGGGUGCUCGUUCCACCUGCAGCCUCUGGAGGUCUGCAUGAAGCCGGCUCUGCAGAGGUUCCUGCUGUCCCGAUGGACUAAGUUCACCACUGGAAACCCUGAAGAGCUGGAGGAGACCUCACCACACCAGCUCCAAGAAAAUGUGGCCCAGCAGCUGGUGGACUGGCUGGAAGAGGGCCUGACUCGCCUGAACAAGCUCCCUCAUCUGUGGAAGAAAUCCUUUAACCUGACAGGCCUCCUGCCAGAGAGGAGAGAAGGAGAAGAGGAGGAGGAGGCAACAGAGGAGGACAAGACCCCCAAUCAGAACCUAAAAGACAUCCAGCUGGACCUCCUGAAGACACUUUUAGACACCCUACUGGGGCCGGAUGCUUUGGAGGAGGAUUCUCCUGGCAUAUUUGAGCAGGAGGACACAGAAGAGGAGGAAGAAGUACAAGAUGGAGGAGAGGAACCGGAGGUAUCCAAGGAGAAGGAAAUAGAGAGGAAGAAGAUAAAAGGAGACAAGGAGAAGAUAGAUGAGAAGGAGAAGGAGGGAGGGGAGGAAAAACCUCAGAAGGAGACAGACAAAGACAAAGGAGAAGAAAAGGAGAUAGAAAGGGACAACAUGGAGACAGAGGAGGACAAGAAAGAGGAGGGGAAGAAGCUUGAGGAGGACAGUGAGGAGGAAGGAAAGGAGGUAGAAGAGGACAGGAGGGAGGUCAACAAGGAGAGGCGAGAGACCAGGAUAGUGAUAGGAGAGGAGGUCGGGGAUGAAUGGAAGAUAACGGUGAAGAGCAGGACUGAAGGCGUGGAGGCGGAGGGCGGGGCCAACAACAGGAUGGACGAGAGCUAGCCAGGAAAGAGAGACAUGUCCACACCUGACCGGGGUGUCCUUCAGAGAGGACAUCUAGGUUUGAGACCAGGGAUUGCAUUAAAGAAAGUACUGAGAUACCAGAUCACCCACAAACUGAAUCCACCAAUGAGGAGAGGAUCCAGUCCAGCAGACCUUACUGUAAGGUACUUGCUCUGGGUCUGAACAUGGACACGGAAACGUUUUUUUGGUGACAGUGGGUUCAACAAGUGUCUGAGACGUUCUCAGACUGAUAAUGGACCUCAUGUCUGUGUCGUUGUUUGUCAUAUUUACAGUGUUUAGUUUUUGUUUUUUUGUCUGACGGUCUUUCUUCCUGACCUCCAAGUUUAGAGGGAGGUCAAGGUUCAUCCUCAGACCAGCUGAUCAGCUUGGACUCACCUCUGGAAACUGAGAACGUUUUAGGUCUGAUGUGGUCAGACCAGGUGCCCUGAUACACCCUGAUCCCAGACGGGCCCGGUCUAUUCCAGGCUGAUCAAAGAAAAUCAACGUGAACAUUAAACCCUUUGACUGUCACAGACUAAUAUCUGGAUAUCCAGAGUAUCCGACCGUUCGUGUCUUCCCUGUCGACGGUGUUGCUGUUCUGGGAUCCUGAUAGUGUCUCAAGAACCCACAUGGUUUUGAGAUCUUGGCUUUGCCCUCUUAUGUCUCAGUUAGUACUCUAGUGAGGCGGGGCACAUGUAGGACAUGGUGCGCACCUUUGAGAUACAGGAUGAAGGGUCUAGGUGAACUAAUGCCGGAUUUUUGUGCUGCUGGUCAGUCUGUUGGAUGUUGGGUGACCAAAACUGUAGGGGACACAGUGCACAUCAGGCCAAAGUCAGUCUUUGACUUCAUGGCGCUGUGAAUCAGAGACCCAGUGGGACUUGAACUCAUGAGGAACCGGUACAGUAAAACCAGGACUGAGCAGAGACAGAUAGGGGGGACACUGAGAUUUGGUGGAGACUGAUACAGAGAGGUCUCCAGUGGUUCUGGAUCCUGGUUCUAUCUGGUCUUUUCUUUCAUGGUUCAGUUUAAACCUCAUUAGUGGACGCAGCAUCUAUGAUUUCCAGUUCUUCGUUGAAAAGACAACUGGACUUACUUUUAGUAAGUAGCAGUCAGUCCAGUUGUCCUUUCCAUGCGGUGAUUCCUACUCCAGAGCCCUGUCUGUUUUUAAUGCCCUUAAGAUCAGGACCAUCCAGUCCUGGUUUUGGUCCUUGUCCUCCUUUAGUACAAGGAUUUCUUCAGAUAGGUUCCACCCGGUAUGUCUAAUGUGGACCCUGAACCAGCCUCUAAAGGUGCCUUUUUAUACAGAGGGUACCUGAAAUCAUGCUCAAGGACUUUGUGAACCUGCAGCUGAGCGAUCAUGUGACAUGAGAACUGUAUGCAAGUGGAUCCUGUUUGUAUGACAAUAACGAGGAGUUCUAAAAGCUGAUUCGCUGGUUUUGAUCACAGGAAGUGAAGAAGAUCAUAUGAUCAGAGAGGAUGGUGAUGAUGACUUUCUGUUUUUAGAUCUCUGUCUGAUCUCUGAUUAGUCGGACUCCCGCAGACGUCGAUGGUUUGGUGCUGAUGUACAGAGGACUUUCAAACUGUUCAACAUGAAUCCAAUAAACAUCUUCCAUUUUGAA